CCCGCCCAUGUUGCCUGUUUUUAUAUUGCCCAUUAGGCUAUUCCUAGAUUUACCGCUUUACCAGUCAUUGUCAUACCUCCAAAACCCCAGGCAUUCAAAUUCAUCCGAGUAACGCGAGACGGUCUUCGUGAAAUUUGACCUCAGCAACACCGACUCAAGCAUGGCCGCCAACUCCCUUCGGCGAGCCAUGAUCGCCGCCGAAUUCCAGACAGUCUCCGCCGCCGAUCACGUGAGCUCCUCAGCUCCAAAUCCCCCAAAAUCUACCAUCUCCACCACCCUCACCACCACUCUUACCCCCUCCGAAUUUCACCAUACCAUCACAAAACUCGCCGUCGCUCAAAUCCUUCAAUCCACCGGCUUCAAAUCCUGUAAAUCCUCCGCCCUCGAUGCCCUUACUCGAGUUUCCGCCCUCUUCCUCCAAUCUCUCACCACCGCCGCCGCCUCUCACGCUGCCUUCUCUUGUGCCCGUACUCAAUCCAAUGUAUUCGACGCCGUCCACGCCAUUGAACAAUUUUCCCUCUCCUUCGGCUUUUCUGGAGCUGCAGACAUCAACCAGACCCUUCUAACUUCUAAAACCCUACAAGAUAUUCGUCACUUCGUUGACGCUGAGCCUCCAUCCGCUCGUAGAAAUCCUCGCAACCAACGAAACUCCGAUUCGGUGGUGGUCUUUUCGGGGAACAUUGAUUCUUUGAUUGAUAAUAGGGGCCCUGAGAUUCCUAGGUGGUUACCGGAAUUUCCUGCUAUAGAAACCGAUGACGGUGACGCGAGACGCGAAGAUGGGGAGGUUUUGUGGGAGAAGAGAAGGCUUGAGUAUCGUCCAUCAAUGGCGGCGAAGAUAGUAAAGGGUAAAAAGGAGUUAAUGUUGCAGGGGAGGAGAGAGAGAGUGAAAUUCAGGUUAAGAGGAACGAAAAAGGAUGUGGAAAUGGGUGGUUUGGAUGAUUUGGAGCUCCGAAAUGGGGUUUGUAGAGGAGGUAAAAGGGUGUGUUUGGUUAAAAGGGUUGAUAAUAGAUGUAGGUUUUUUGAAGAAGAAGAAGAUGAUGAUGAAAAAAGCUUUAACAUUGGACUGUGAACAAGUUUCUUUCAAUUUUUGGGGGUAGUUUGAGAAGAUUGAUCGAAUCAGCUAGGUUUUUCGGAGUGGAUCGAAAUCGUUGCCCGCAAUCAUGUACGUUGCUGAUUUUUGUUAUGAUUAAGCAUGUUUGAUUGGGUCUUUUGCAAAGCAUUUAAUUGAGUGUAUAUAUGAAAUAUAUGAUUAUAGUAGUAUGAGAUGAUUAACAUGUAUCCAUGGGGAUUGAGUUUAGUUUUUCCCCUUGAUUCAAAGUAUAAUGAUUAUGCUGCUUGAUGAGAAA